AUGGAAGUGACCAGGUACCAAUUCUCCAGGACAACCAACAACUCUGAGGAAAGGGUUCUAGCUCAUUUCAGUAACAUACUGCUAGUGCUGGACGAGAUGCCAAACUUCCCUGAGGAGCUCCAAGGGGCAAAGAAAGGGACUCUGUAUCUCACACAGUACAAAAUGAUAUUCCAGCACAAGGACAAGGGCUCCACGACCAUCCGCUUUCCACUUCAGCUCCUGGGGGACUGUAUGAUAGGGGAGGAGCUGAGCUCCAGACAGCAAUAUAUCAAAGGGACAAUUACUUCCAGUCAAGGUGUUCUCACCUUCAAAUUCAUCUUCCUGUAUGAAGCCACUGAUUGCCUGAAUAUGAUCAAAACCCUGUCUUCAGCAGAUACAUUAAGAGAGGCUGCUAAUCUUCAGGACUAUCCAACAGCCUCCAUCUACACCUAUGCCCACCCACCAGCACCUCGGGUUCCCCGUUCACUCAGCACACUUCCAUAUUGGCCACCCCCCUAUCCUGGCCCACCAGAGUUACCCCCACCCUACUCUGAAGUGGAGUCCACAAACCCAAGAGAGAGCCAAGAGGGCUGCUGCCACUGCAGGGCCCUGAGAACCCAAGAACAGACAGACAGGCAGAACUGA